GCAGUGGGGUGCAUCUGGGGGGAUGCCCAGGGAGGCAAGAGAGGACCAGAGGAUGGGGGCUGCAAUCAUGUUCCCUUACAGCAGGAGCUGUCCUGGGGGAGGUGGGACUGGGACACAGGCAGCUGUGUGGAACUCGAGGGUGGGGGUCCAGUUAUAUUGGUCCCCAAACCUUGGGAGGCUGGCAUGCACCAGGCCGAACUCAACAUCUGAGAUAGUCUUAGGGGAAAAGGCACUUUUCACACCAUUUUUGUCUGUCCAACUCUUUAUUCAAGGCGUGUACAACAGCCAGAAUAGUCAUUAACUCAUUAGUCCAUAAUUAGGCAGUGUACAGUUAUGACAGUUCAUAUGCAAGUUAUGACAGUGAUUGAUUUACAACCUUGUCAAAAGCCAAGAUCACUUGAACAAGCACAUGCUGUAAUUAACUGAAGCAGAAAUGAACUGGAGCUGGAGCCACAGCCCAACUGGAACUGCAAAUAAGCUGGAGCCAAAAUGAAGCCAGAGAAGGUGAAACCCAACUGGAGCCUAAAACGGGCGGGAAGCAGGAACAAGCGGGAGCUGGACCUGGAACAAACCAGGGGCAGAAACAAAUGAGCUGGAGCCACAAAUGAACCGGAGCUGAGACUACCUGGAGCUGCAAACAAACUGGAGCCGUCCUCGAGCUGAAGCAGAAACAAAAUGGGGGCUGAAGCAACUGACCCAAAGCCACUGACCCAGUGCCUGCAGUGUCUCCAGGCAGGCUCAGGCAGGGCUGUCCCCAGCCAGGGCUUGUGCCCACCCGAGUGGGUUCCCCCCAUGUCUGGAGAUGUUUGUGGGCACAGGGGUGGCUGUGCCCAUCCCUGCAGCCCAUCCCAAACCGGAGCCAGGAUCGGGAGCCACGGGCAUGACAGAGCAGAGGCUGACCCUGUGGUGGGAAUCAGGAGCUGCCGGGGACCCCCAGCCCCAAAGACCGAGCUGCAGCCGCUGCCCCCAGGGAGGGCACCCCAGAUGGUCGGUGCUAAAACCCUCCGGAAAGUCACUGGGACCCAGCCAGGCACCUGUGGGGGUCCCACACAAGUGGGGGGAGAGGCGUGACUCACCAGGCCCCUUCUGCCACAUCCCUCCCGCCCUUCCCCACAGCGCCGUUGCCCGCCCUGCCAGGCUACCUGCCCACGUGCCUGCCUAUAAGGCGGCUCCAAUCACCCCCAAAACCGCCCCACACCUUGUCUGUUGGCCCUUUAAACCUGCUUCCCACCCUCCAUGCCACUUGGCCGAGCCGGCUUUGGUUAACCAUUACCCCCCGUGGGGAGGGGCAGGAGGGCAGAGGUGCCAAAGCUCCCGGGGCCAGCAGCGCAGCCGACCAGUGCCCGCAGGACUCCGACAGGUAUGGCUGGCAGUGGGGAUGGGGGGGGCCCUGUGUGGCAGAGGUGUCCCCAUGGCUCCGAACCCCCGUGGUACCCACGAAAGGGGUUGAAGUAGGGGGAGAAGUGUGGCCAGGUGGGAGGAGAGGUGAUGCCGGGCUCCGUUCCCGGCCCCUCCUGGCUUGGGCUUAGCACACAGCCGGCACCCAAUAUCUCAUGGUUGUGUUCUGCUGGGGAACGGGGCACCCCCCCCGCCGGCACCGGCAACACCUCCGCCACACAUGAUCCAGGGUGGGCUCCGCCUGACAGGGCGCUGCCCUGGGCACGGUUCUGCCGCAGGAUCCAGCCGGUCCCGAAUAGCAGCAGCUGCUGGCAGGGGGGACAGCCAGCACCCUCAGGACCCGCCGUCGGCCAUGGGGAGGGACGACGUGGUCAGGGAGGAUCUGGGCAGCCUCCACGGCAUCCCCCUCUACAAGUCCUUCAUCGAGGGCUGGCCACAGGUGGAGUCUUUCCAAGCCCGGGCAGAUGACCUUCUCAUCACCACCUACCCCAAGUCAGGCACAACGUGGCUGAGCGAGAUCCUGGACAUGAUCUACCACGAUGGCGAUGUGGAGAAGUGCCGACGGGAUGCCAUCUUCAACCGGGUGCCCUUCCUGGAAAUGAAGGUCCCCAACAUACCUAGUGGCAUCGAACAGCUGGAGAAAACCCCGUCCCCGAGGCUGGUGAAGACCCAUCUCCCUGUCCAGCUCCUCCCGACCUCCUUCUGGGACAAGGACUGCAAGGUCAUCUACGUGGCCCGCAACCCCAAGGAUGUCGUCAUCUCCUACUACUACUUCUACCAGAUGGCCAAGAUACACCCCGACCCUGGCACGCUGGAUGAAUUCCUGGAGACCUUCAUGGCUGGCAAAGUGGCUUACGGGUCCUGGUAUGAACACGUGCGGGGCUGGUGGGAGAAGAAGAAGGAGAAGCAGCUCCUCUACCUCUUCUAUGAGGACAUGAAGAAGGACCCGCAGCGGGAGGUGCAGAAGAUCCUGCAAUUCCUGGGCAAGGAGAUGGAAGAGGGGACGUUGGCGAGGAUCCUCCACCACACUUCAUUCCAGGAAAUGAAGAAGAACCCUGCAGCCAACUACGAGACCAUGCCCACCACUCUGAUGGACCACAGCCUCUCCCCCUUCCUCCGGAAAGGUGGGGUUUGGCCAGCAGUGGAGGGCUUGGGAGGGGUGUCCCCGGGCUGUAUUGCAGCCCUCAGCUGUGGCUGCAAAUAUUUUGGGGGUGUCAGGAUUUACCCCACGUGCUUUCUUGCCGCCAGGGAUCUCUGGGGACUGGAAGAACCACUUCACCGUGGCCCAGAAUGAGCGUUUUGACCAGCACUACCGAGAGCACAUGGAGGGCUCUGACCUCUGUUUCCAGAUGGAGGUGUGAGGGGCUCAUCCCCCUUCCUGGG